AACUUCGCUGGUGGUUGGAGAAGCUCUUCUUGUAUCAAUCGGCCUGUUCUGACAUAGACGGUGACGCUGAGCCGCCUUCCACCUGCUCACAGACGUUUACCCUCAGUCCUGCUUUGGCCUCAUCCUCACUCCUCUGUGGCGUCCACUCAGGUCGAGGUUUUUCCGUCAGUAUGGAGGAUUCUUCAGAGCAGUCCCACUGGGCGUCUCCAUCCCUGCUGGGCUCAGAUCCUCUGGCCGGGUUCUCCUCGGAGCCGGGCCUCCUGCCUCCUGGGGAGGACAGUGAGGCCUUCUUCUCUGGUUCGGACGCAGACUACACCCUGCCUUCGUUCUUCUCCAACCCGAGUCGAACACCGUCCACGUACAGACACAGCUCAGUCCGCCAGGUGUUCCCCUCCCCAGGUCUCCUCAGUAACUUCCAGCUGCUGGAUGCCCCCAGCAGCCACUCCCUGACCUCCCCUUACAACCCCCAGUCGUCCUCGUCCACCUGGAGCAGCAGUCCUCUGUCCAGGACGUCCUUGUACACCCCCGGCCUUGCCUCCACCUUCAGCACCUCCAGAGACGGGUACUCCUCUCCGAGCAGAGAGGGCAGGGAGAGCCCCCGGCUGCAGGAGGCCCUCAAGGCUGAACGCCUGAGCCCGCUGGGGGGGGCGGGGACCAGCAGCAGUUUUCUGAACUUGACCCCCGCUGCUGGGGGUGUGUACACUCCCCCCACCCACCCACACAUGCUGAACCCCUACAGCACAUACAUGAGCAGUCCACAGGAAUACAGCUCUAGCAGCCUCUACUCCAGUCCAGGGGUGUGGAUUAACCCCUCGUAUUCCCCAAAACUGCGCAACAAGCUCAGGAUAUCCACACCAGAGGCCAGAGAGUGUGUGAACUGUGGAGCCACGGCUACGCCCCUGUGGCGCCGGGAUGGAACAGGCCACUACCUGUGCAACGCCUGCGGACUGUACCACAAGAUGAACGGCCAAAACAGACCUCUGAUCCGCCCCAAGAAGAGACUGAUUGUCAGUAAACGGGCCGGAACACUGUGUGCCAACUGUCACACAAGCACAACAACACUGUGGAGACGCAACGCCAGUGGAGAACCAGUGUGUAACGCCUGUGGACUCUACUUCAAACUGCACAACGUCAACCGUCCUCUGACCAUGAAGAAAGACGGCAUCCAAACACGCAACAGGAAAGUGUCCAACAAGAACAAGAAGAGUAAGAAGGCCGCUCUGUUGGAGCCAUUCCCAGAGGGGAUUCCACCGCCACCGCCAGCCUUCGAAGACAACACCGGACCCUUCUCCCUGGGCCCCGGGACCCUCCUGACCUACAGCCACUCCCCCCACCUCAUCCCAAACCCGUCCCCCCUGCACACGUCCGGGUCCUUACCGUACACACACCACCUCAGCUCAGGCAUGGUGCCCACGCUGGUGUGAAACUGCACCGACAAACACAUGACGCCUUUGGAUAUUUAUGAGUCAGCCUGUCUGCUUUACUGCUUUACAGUAUGGAUUUGUACAUAUGUGUGUGUGUGUGUGUGUGUGUGUGUGCGCGCACGUGCGUACAUGUGACUGGGGUUUUUUAUUUUCACUGUAUUUCAGGGGAUUUUGUAGAGAUGUUUUCAUGGCUGGAGCGUUUGUUUGCAGUCUGCUGAGGUUCGUGCUCAUGUAAACACACUGAUCCUGUUGUAAAUACAAACACAAACUUGCUUUCACUGCCUUUUGUGUGAAUUAAAUACUCUUAUGGAAUUCAUAAUGUGACCUUUUUUUCGUAUUUGUAAAUGUGAUAUUUACCUUUUUUUUUUUUUGGAAGUGGACAGAGGACUGAAUAAAAGUGUGUGCGUCUUCAGUUGGA